AUGCUCUCCCCAAAGUGGUACCAAUUCCUCGUCGGCGUGUUCGCCUCGUUGGGCUCAUUGCUCUUUGGUUACGACCUCGGUGUGAUUGCCCAGGUGAUUGCCUCGCAAUCGUUCCAUAGCGAGUUCCGCCCGACCGACAAUGAAGAAGCCGCCGUCGUCUCCGUCUUCACAGGCGGUGCCUUCAUCGGUGCCUUCCUCGCCGGACCAACGGGCGACUACCUCGGCCGACGUCUGACCAUCCUGCUCGGGGCUGUGGUCUUCCUCUUAGGCGGAGCGCUGCAGACAGGGGCACGGGCACUGUCCUAUCUCUACGCGGGCCGGGCCAUCGCAGGGCUGGGCGUCGGUGUCUUGUGCAUGAUCGUGCCGCUGUACCAGGCCGAGCUGGCGCAUCCGAGUAUCAGAGGCCGGGUCACGGCACUGCAGCAGUUUAUGCUGGGGAUUGGGGCGUUGGCGGCGGCUUGGAUUUCGUAUGGCACCUACGUAGGCUUCGCGCCCACCAACUCCGCACAAUGGCGCACCUCCCUCGGCAUUCAACUGAUCCCCGCCCUCCUCCUGGCCGCUCUCAUCCUCCUCUUCCCCGAAUCCCCCCGUUGGCUCAUCGAACACCGCGACCAAGCCGACCGCGGCCUACAAACGCUCGCCAAUCUGCACGCCCACGGCGACACGCAAGAUCCCUGGGUACAAGCCGAGUUCCAGCAGAUCCAAGAGGCCAUCGCGCUCGACCGCACCGUCGCGGCCCGGUCGUACGCCGAGCUGGUCCGCGACCGGUCCUGUUUUCGCCGGUUGGUGCUCGCGUGCGCCCUGCAGGCGUCGGUGCAGAUGACGGGGGUGUCGGCCAUACAGUAUUAUUCGGUCACAAUCUACGGGUUGAUGGGGAUUCGCGGGGAUGACACGCUGCGGUACCAAGCUAUCUCGUCAGUGCUGGCGCUGGUCGCGCAGGCGUUGUGUAUCCUGUUGAUUGACCGGUUGGGUCGGCGGUGGCCGUUGAUUCUGGGGAAUUUGGGCAACUGCGCGACGUUCAUUGUGGCGACGGUGCUGCUGGCGCGGUUCCCGCCCGGGGAGAGCGAUAAUACGGCCGCGGCGUGGGGGUUUAUCGUCGUGACGUGGGCGUACAACUUCAGCUUCAGCGCGACCUGUGGCCCGUUAUCGUGGAUCAUCCCCGCCGAGAUUUUCGAUACCAAGACGCGGGCCAAGGGGGUGUCGAUCGCGACUAUGACGUCUUUUGCGUUCAACACCAUGAUUGGGCAAGUGACGGGCCCCGCGAUGAAGACGGUCGGGUACCGGUACUAUUUCUUGUUUGUGAUUUGCAACUUUACAAAUGCCGUGUUUUUCUGGGCAUUCCUGCCCGAGACGGCGAAGAGGCCGCUGGAGGAGAUGAGCCGGUUGUUUACCGAUGCGCCGCUGUUUGUGCCCACGAUGGACCGGAGCGACUGGGCGGGCAAUGAACUGGAGCGACGCGUCGAGGAAGUGAGGGCCAAGGUGAGCUGA